CCGGUGUUCCUCGCUCGCAUCAGACCCUGUCCUGGCUGCGGGAGAGGGGAUUCCAGCCAGGUUCCAGAGUCCGAGUCCUCAGCAUCGUGUCAGAUUGGGUGCCGGCUGCAGCCACCUCAACCUGGGCUAGGAGCACACGCGUCUUUGGAGCCCGACGCGGCGGCACAACUUCCUCAGGGGCCAACUUUGGGCCAGCCUGCCGGCUUGGUGCAGAGUCCGACUCAGGAGACCUGCCCAAGAAGUCUCAGGGAGUGGAACCCAGGAGCCCCUACCCCGCCCCCAGACACGCCGGGACUGCGCGUCGGGCCCCGCCCCGCGCGCCACGCUUUAAAAGGCUGGAAGGCCAGGGGCGCACGGCGGCGGCCACGGUCAUGGAGGGGUUGCCUGCAGCCAACUGGAGCGCCGAGGCGGUCAACUCGAGCGUGGCGCCGCCAGAGGCCGAGGGCAACCGCACCGCCGGGCCGCCUCAGCGCAACGAGGCCCUGGCGCGUGUGGAGGUGGCGGUGUUGUGCCUCAUUCUCUUCCUAGCUCUGAGCGGCAAUGCGUGCGUGCUGCUGGCGCUGCGCACCACGCGCCACAAGCAUUCGCGCCUCUUCUUCUUCAUGAAACACCUGAGCAUAGCCGACCUGGUGGUGGCGGUGUUCCAGGUGCUGCCUCAGCUACUGUGGGAUAUCACCUUCCGCUUCUACGGACCUGACUUGCUGUGCCGCCUCGUCAAGUACCUCCAGGUGGUGGGCAUGUUCGCUUCCACUUACCUGCUGCUGCUCAUGUCGCUCGACCGCUGUCUGGCCAUCUGCCAGCCGCUGCGCGCGCUGCGCCGCCGCGCGGACCGUCUGGCAGUGCUAGCCACAUGGCUGGGCUGCCUGGUGGCCAGCGCGCCGCAGGUGCACAUCUUCUCGCUGCGCGAGGUGGCCGACGGCGUCUUCGAUUGCUGGGCCGUCUUCAUCCAGCCCUGGGGGCCCAAGGCCUACAUCACGUGGAUCACGCUUGCGGUCUACAUCGUGCCGGUCAUCGUGCUCGCCGCCUGCUACGGCCUUAUCAGCUUCAAGAUCUGGCAGAACUUGCGGCUCAAGACUGCGGCGGAAGCGGCGGAGGCGGUCGCGGGAACCGAGGGCGCGGCGGUGGGCAGCCGGGGCCGAGCGGCCCUGGCCCGCGUCAGCAGCGUCAAGCUCAUCUCCAAGGCCAAGAUCCGCACCGUCAAGAUGACCUUCAUCAUUGUGCUGGCCUUCAUCGUGUGCUGGACGCCAUUCUUCUUCGUGCAGAUGUGGAGCGUCUGGGACGCCGAUGCGCCCAAGGAAGCCUCAGCUUUCAUCAUUGCAAUGCUCCUGGCCAGCCUCAACAGCUGCUGCAACCCCUGGAUCUACAUGCUCUUCACAGGCCACCUCUUCCACGAACUCGUGCAGCGCUUCCUUUGCUGCUCUUCCAGCCACCUGAAGACCAGCCGGCCCGGGGAGACGAGUGUCAGCAAAAAGAGCAACUCGUCCACCUUUGUCUUGAGCCAGCACAGCUCCAGCCAGAAGAGCUGCUCGUAGCCAUCCACGGGGUGACCAUCGAGGCUGAGACUGCCUCCCUGGCUUGGGUUGUGUGACAGGGACAGUCCGGCCUUUGGUGGUGGCUGUGUCCCUAUGUGUAUAAGGUACCUUUCAGUUUGUACCCCUCCAUGCCUUGGGGGAGCUGGAGCAGACCAGGGGAUUUGGACCUGGGGUGGGGAAGCCAUCUCUGAGGGGGAAGAUGAGAGGGUGACUCAGCCAUUGGACAAUCCCUGGACCUCCCCUGGGCUCCCACCUUACUCCUGCUAUCCUGUCCCCACUGCUGCCCCUGGCUGCUGGGUGGGUGGUUUUUUUCUCUGAAGUCUGUGAUUUUAAUCCAGUGUCCUUUUAGUCCUUUGUCCUGGGAUCUUGUGAAAGGUGGUAAGUAUAGGAUUGGUGACCAAAUGGGCUCCAAAGCCUAGUGUUCUGAGCUAGGGGUGAAGAACACGACCUCAGGUGGUGGUGGUGCCGAUGUCUUCAUGGCCUCAGCACUCAGUGCUUUGGCCUUCGAGUGGUACAGUGCCAGCAUCCUUGGGCGACAGCUUUUCAGAAGGUAGCCCUUGAGCAGGGGAUUCUCCUAUGAACCAUCUGGCACAGGCAGCAGAUUCAAACUUGGGUUAAGAAUGUUUAGGAAGGUACUUAAGAAGCAGUUGGGAAAGAAAAAUAAAAAGCAUUCAAAUUGGAAAA